CGCCCCGCCGUGCUGGCGCGUGCCGGCCGCUUCCGGGGGGGGAGCGCUGGGGUGUGCCGCACCGGUAAGUUUGGCGGAGCGGGUGGGCAGCGGCGGCGACAUGUCCGGCAACGGGCUCAGCUACAGCGACCAGGGGGGGAGAGGCGGCGCCCGAGCUGGCCCAGGAGGCGGCGGCCAGCAUGACCCCUUCGGCUUCCGCGGCCUUCGGGCUCUUCAGCAGCGGCACGAAGAAAAAUGAAGACCUAAAACAAAUGUUGGAAAGCAGUAAAGAUUCUGCAAAGCUGGAUGCUAUGAAAAGGAUUGUUGGGAUGAUUGCAAAGGGAAAAAAUGCUUCUGAGCUAUUUCCUGCUGUUGUGAAGAAUGUUGCCAGUAAAAAUAUUGAGAUAAAAAAGCUUGUUUAUGUUUAUCUGAUGCGUUACGCAGAGGAGCAGCAAGAUCUAGCAUUGUUGUCCAUCAGUACUUUCCAACGUGCUUUAAAAGAUCCUAAUCAGCUAAUCCGUGCAAGUGCUUUAAGAGUUUUAUCCAGUAUCCGUGUCCCAAUUAUUGUUCCCAUUAUGAUGCUUGCUAUUAAGGAAGCCUCUUCUGAUUUAUCUCCUUAUGUAAGGAAGAAUGCAGCCCAUGCAAUCCAAAAACUGUACAGUCUUGAUCCAGAGCAAAAGGACAUGUUAAUUGAAGUGAUAGAAAAGCUGUUGAAGGAUAGAAGUACGGAUGAUGAGGUGGUGGAAGAAUACAAUGAAAAUAACUUCUAUCAAUCUGAUGAAGAACAGAAAGAAAAGGUUCAGAAAGUGAAAAACACCUAUACUAUGGACCCAGAUCACAGGCUGCUGUUACGAAAUACAAAACCCUUGCUUCAAAGCCGAAAUGCUGCUGUGGUAAUGGCAGUUGCGCAGCUUUACUGGCAUUUGGCGCCAAAAUCCGAAGCUGGUAUUGUUUCUAAGUCACUGGUGCGUUUGCUCCGUAGUAAUAGGGAGGUGCAGUAUAUUGUUCUGCAAAAUAUUGCCACUAUGUCAAUUCAGAGAAAGGGCAUGUUUGAACCUUAUCUGAAGAGUUUCUAUGUCAGAUCAACUGAUCCAACAAUGAUCAAAACAUUGAAGCUUGACAUCUUGACAAAUUUAGCAAAUGAAGCCAACAUAUCAACUCUGCUUCGAGAAUUUCAGACGUAUGUGAAAAGCCAAGAUAAACAGUUUGCUGCAGCUACAAUUGAGGCUAUAGGCAGAUGCGCAACUAACAUCACCGAAGUGACUGACACAUGCCUUAACGGCCUCGUGUGUUUGCUGUCCAACCGGGAUGAAAUUGUAGUUGCUGAAAGUGUUGUUGUCAUUAAGAAACUGCUGCAAACACAGCCAGCAAACCAUGGUGAAAUUAUUAAGCAUAUGGCCAAACUCUUGGAUAACAUCACGGUUCCGGUAGCCAGAGCCAGCAUUCUCUGGCUCAUUGGAGAGUACUGUGAACGAGUCCCAAAGAUCGCACCUGAUGUUUUGAGAAAGACAGCCAAGAGCUUCACUAACGAAGAUGAUCUUGUAAAGCUGCAGAUCUUAAAUUUGGGUGCAAAACUCUAUUUAACUAACUCAAAGCAGACAAAAUUGCUUACCCAGUACAUAUUAAAUCUCAGCAAGUAUGAUCAAAGCUACGACAUCAGAGACCGUACAAGAUUUAUUAGGCAGCUUAUUGUUCCGAAUGAGAAGAGUGGCGCUUUAAGCAAAUAUGCCAAAAAAAUAUUUCUGGCACAGAAACCUGCCCCAUUGCUUGAGUCUCCUUUUAAAGACCGGGAUCAUUUCCAGCUUGGCACUUUGUCUCACACACUGAACAGCCGAGCCACCGGCUACCUGGAACUGUCUGACUGGCCAGGGGUGGCGCCUGACCCCUCUGUGAGAAAUGUCGACAUAGCCGAGGUGGCAAAGGAAUGGACUGGAAUUCGAGGUAAGCCAAAGAAAGAGAAACCUACUGGAAAGUUCUACUCUGAAUCAGAAGAGGAGGAAGGUGAGUCUGCCAGUACCAGUACAUCAGAGAGUGCGUCUGGCAGUGAAAGUGAGAAGGAAGAUAAAGAGGAAACCAGCAGUGAUGAGAGUAGUGGGAGUUAUUCUUCCAGUGAAGAAUCAAGUAACAGUGAAUCAGACAGCAAAGAAAGUACUGCAAAGAAAACAUCUAGAGCUGCUGCUGAAAGUGAUUCAGAGGACAUUAAAGUAAAGGGGAUCUCCAAAAAGAGAAGCACAUCCAGUUCCUCUGAUACAGACUCCACUUCAUCGAAAGAAAGUUCUUCAGAUUCGAAGUCAGAAUCAGACUCCAAAAGUGACUUUGUGUCUGGAAAAUCUGUAAGUGCUAUCUCCAGUAAGAAAGAAGAAACAACAGUGCAAGAUAGAAAAGCUCCAAAUAAACAAGAUGUGUUUCUCUUAGAUUUAGAUGAUUUCUGUCCUGUGACAACUCCUAUGGCAGUUCCUGCAGCAGCUCUGUUGUCCCCAAGCUUAACAGCAGACCUAGAGGGAUUAAGUCUGUCAAGUUCAUCGGUCAUUGAUGUCGCUACCCAAGUCUCUAUGCCAACAAAAACACAUGAACUGCUUCAUCGAAUGAGUGGAAAAGGAUUAGCAGCUAAUUAUCACUUCUCAAGACAGCCAGGGAUCUUUGGUGAUUGUAUGGUGUCUGUGCAAGUGACAGUAACAAAUACAACUGAUCAGAAAAUAGAGAAUAUUCACAUUGAGGAGAAGAAAUUACCUCCAGGCAUGAGGAUGCAUGAAUUCAGUCCAAUAGAGUGCCUUGAGCCUGCAGGAUCCAUUACCGUUUCGAUGGGUAUUGACUUCUGUGAUUCUACGCAGACAGCCAGUUUCCAGUUAUGCACAAAGGAUGAUCAUUUUAAUGUUAGCAUUCAACCCCCUGUUGGAGAACUGCUUUUGCCUGUUACUAUGUCAGAGAAAGACUUUAAGAAGGAGCAAGGGAUGCUGACAGGAAUGAAUGAGACAUCUGCUACAAUAGCUGUUGCUCCGCAGAACUCUACUAGACUUGUAAUAAUUGAGAGGGUAGUGAAGGCAGCAAACCUGGGUGUAGUCCCUUCUGGUCAAGAUAACAUACACAGGUUUGCAGCUAAGACUGUGCACAGUGGGUCACUGAUGCUAGUCACAGUGGAGCUGAAGGAGAGCUCUACAGCACAGCUCGUCAUAAACACUGAGAAAACCGUGAUUGGUUCUAUUCUGCUGCGGGAGCUGAAGCCUGUCCUGUCCCAGGGGUAACCUGCUUACAUCUGGACUUCAGAAUCUGGCACGCAACAAAAGUGCCUGGCAUCCACUACUGCUGCCUUUCAUUUAUAAUAAUAGCCCUUCCAUCUGGCAGUGGGGGAAGAAUACACUCUUGACAUUCUUGUCUUCUGCUUUAGAAUGCUAGUGUGUAUCUAUCAUGUAUGCAAGUCCUUUCCUUUUUUCUCUGCGUGCUAACCAAAGAACAUAUAUUUUACUGUCAGUUAUCUGCGCUUCUAAAUGUAUUUCUCAUUUGUUCUACCCUAGACCUUCCCUCUCUGCUCCCUUCCCCCGCUACCUUUGUUCCCCAUCCAUUUUCCCCACUGUAGUGGACAGAUACUAGAUGAUAAAGUUCAAGGGAAAUCACACUGCUUGAAAACUGAGUUAAAAUGGCAGGUAGGCUCCAGCAGCAUAUACAACAACUAUAUGCUUCAGAGAGAUUUUGUUGCUUAAGUGUAAAAGUACAAUAGGUAUAGCAAGUGGUGUUUGCUUUCUGGAAAUGCUUGUAAACCUGAACUUGUCUGUUAAGAACAUUGUUCCCACCUGCUGCCAUUUUCUCAAAUGUUUCAGUUAAGAUGCCAAUAAAGUAGUGCUAUGA